AUGACAAAUCCAGGCAGCCAUAAACCAUUCAAGGCACCGACUCCUCCUGUCAUUGGUAAAGUCAGUCACCAUAGCAUUGACCUGAGCUGGGAGACAGAGGAGAAUGAACCACGGACAGGCUCACCAGAGAAAUGGACCCGCUUCUCUGUAGAAGAGAUGGACCCCAAAUCACACACAUAUGGGACUAUCUAUGUUGGGUACAGCAGUCACCACACUGUAGAAAGUUUGGAGCCCAGCACGUCCUAUAAGUACAGACUGAGAAUCACAAGACCAACUGGGGAGUCCCUCUACAGCACGGCUGUGUCUGUCUCUACCACACGUGAGCCUAUGAGUGGGAAGAACCUCCACCGUGCUGUCAACAUGAAUGAUGAGGAGGACAUGACCAGAGUGUUGGAGUCUGGGACAGUCAGUGUGAACGUCAAUGACAAACACGGUUUCACUCCUCUCAUGGUGGCUGCACAGAAAGGCUUUGCCAGACUGGUUCACAAAUUGGUAGAACACGGUGCAGACGUGAAUAUGAAGAACGGUAGUGGGAAAGACAGUCUGAUGCUGGCAUGUUUCUUUGGCCACCUGGACAUAGUGAAGUACCUGAGGAGAUCUGGGGCCACGUGGCAGUCCCAGGACAUGGGGGGCUCGACCCCCCUCCACUGGGCAGCUGACGGAGGACACCUUGCUGUCAUAGCCUACAUGAUCCAGGAUGGCUGUGAGUUGGACGUUAGGGACACCGUGUCCCAAUGGACUCCUCUGAUGAGGGUGUCAGCGGUCAGUGGGAAUCCAGCGGUGGCCUCUCUCCUCAUCAGAGCCGGGGCUGAUGUCAACACCAGGGACAAGGAUGGCAAGACACCACUUAUGGUGGCAGUGUUGAACAACCAUGAGGAGCUGGUGCAGCUGUUGUUGGACAGUGGGGCCGACCACGAUGUGAAGAACGAGUUUGGGUCAGGUGCAGCUGAAAUGGCAAAGGCCUUUGGAAGAGAGAAUAUCAUCAGUUUAUUAGAAGGACGGAAGAGUAUAGUCAGAGAUGGUAUAGUCCAUUAUUAAAGAGUAUAGUCAGAUGGUAUAGUCCAUUAUUAAAGGGCUUAGGUGGACAGCAUUAUUAUCCUAAUAGCUGUAUUACUGUUGUUUAUUUAUUAACAUAUUGUAUGUAUGUGCUGUAUCUUAAACCUGUAUUUUUAUCUGGAUAUUUCUUUUGUAUAACAAAACAUGUAUACAUAUACUGUAUACCGAUUUUUAAGGAUGAAUGAAAUAAUAAACCAUUAAGAAUUC